AUGUCUUCGGAGCCAGCAUCGGAUGCCGAUGCCGGCAGGAGAGGCCUCAAGAAGCCGUGUUCAUUCAGCAUCGAGGACAUCCUCUCCAGCCCAGCAGAGAAGAGCCCCCAGGUCCUGGUCCCACUGUGCCUCCAGAGCAUCUUGGAUGGUGCACCCAGGGGGCUGUAUGCCCGGUUCCCCUGGCCUGUGCAGCUCUUUCACUCGGCAGGCAGGGUCUGCAAGAGUCCCCAGGGGAGCCCGAGCCAGCUGCAGACUUUCCACCAGAUCCAGCGCCGGACACGCCGGCAUCGCACCAUAUUCACCGAAGAUCAGCUGCAGGCCCUGGAGACACUUUUCCAUCAGAACCAGUACCCAGAUGUCAUCACCCGCGAGCACCUGGCAAAUCGCAUUCACUUGAAGGAGGAGAGGGUGGAGGUUUGGUUUAAAAACCGGCGGGCCAAGUGGCGGCAUCAGAAGAGGGCGUCUGCUUCGGCGCUGAUCCUUCAAGGCACUAAGAAGCCCCCCGAGGAGAGCUGUUAG